AGAAAAUAUGGAGUGGCUUAGAGAAAACGCCAAUGUACCAUGAGAAUUGUUCAGUUGGCAAAAUAAUCCACAAUGCCCUAAAGAACCAUUCCGAAAAUGUUUGCCAAAUAAAUGCAGUUGAUGGAAAAAUCACAACUAAUCGGGAAAUGCUAAAUUGGUCGGUUCGUAUUGCCCAACAUCUGAAGAAACGGAAUUUCGGCACCGAUGAUGUGAUUGGUAUUGUUUCUAGGAGCAGUACUUAUCAAAGUGCAGUGGCCGUUGGUUGCUUAUUUAACGCCACUCCUUUUCAUUCCGUAAACCCGACAUUUAAUGAGGACACUAUAAGACAUAUUUUGUCUAUAACAAAACCAAAGAUCAUAUUUUUUGAUGGCAUUGACAUUGAGAAGAUAAAAAACGCCAGCAUGUCCUGGCAUCCCGAAUUGAUAACAUUAAGCGGAAAAGUGAAUGGUGCACAUGUAGAAGAUCUGCUAGAUCCAACCAACACGGAAUUCUUUUUUGAACCACAAUCAUUGACAUUGGGUGAGAGUCAAACCAUGGCCAUUCUGUGCUCUUCGGGAACUUCGGGUCUACCUAAGGCGGUCUGCAUGGCAAAUUACUUUCUAAUGCAUUUGUUUGCUAUGCCAGUUUAUACCAGCGAUAUGGUUAUAUUCUCAUUUUCUGGCCUGGAUUGGUUUUCGGGACUGCAGCAAAUGCUUCUUAGCACUGCCGUUGGAUGCACUCGCAUCAUAACUGAUCAAUCUAGUACUAGUGAAUAUUUGUUGGAGCUAAUUGGGAAAUACAAUAUCAACAUGAUUGCCCUGGGACCCAGUUAUGUCUCGGAGCUCGUUGCUUGCCCGCUAGCUACUCCUGAACGCUUCUCUACCGUGCGAGUACUCUUUAUUUCAGGUGGAUGGAUAGCGACGGAUACCCUACAGAAAAUGCAGGAGCUGGCGAAAUUGGCAUUUGUGAUUUUUGGUUACGGUUCCACCGAGAUUGGGGCGAUAUCUGGGGGUUAUUUGAAUUAUGGAAAUUCUGUUGGCCAACUUUUGCCCGGUCGUCGUGGACGCAUUGUAUCCGAGGAAGGUGAAAAUCUUGGACAUAAUGAAGUGGGUGAAAUCUACAUACAGAGUGGUAACUCCAAAUGGGGCGGUUACUAUGGCAAUUCGUUGGAAACACAGAAGACAUACGAUGAUUUGGAAUGGUUUCAUACCGGGGACAUUGGCUACUUUGAUGAUCACAAUAAUCUGCAUAUAGUGGAUCGCAAAAAGGAUAUUUGCAAAUGCAAGGGUUUUCAAUAUUGGCCAAAUCAGAUUGAAGCUGUUGUGGCCCAAAUGCCCAAUAUCAAGGAAGUUUGUGUGGUGGGUAUCUAUGAUGAGCUUUUGGGUGAUGCACCCGCAGCAAUGAUUGUUAAGAAGGAAGGCCAUUCGUUGGACGAGGAACAAGUUAAAAAGCAAGUGGGGAAAUUGAUUGAUGCGGACUAUAUGCAUCUAUAUGGAGGAGUUUAUUUUGUCGAUGAAAUACCUAAAAAUUUUAAUGGAAAGGUGCUGCGUCGAGAAGUCAAGGAACAGAUAAAAAAGUUGAAGAAAAUGAUUCCAGUUGUUAAUUAGAGUAUAAAAUAAAUAAUUCGGUAUUAGUA